GUGUUUGAAUGGCUGGAAUAUUUUGCUGGUGAUGCCCAGAUCACCAAACAUGUGGCGGCGUGUGGGUUGGCUGUUGCUGGUGUUCUUUCGGCAGUUCACCACAAGAAUGUGGUGUGGCUGGGCUUACUUUGCUCAUCCUUUACCCGAAUGAAUGUGGGGACUAGCAAGAGAAGCUAUCUCGUGCCCCUGGGUAAUACGAUGGCCAAGAGUGUGGCGGCAUCAAAUUGCUUGGCUGCGAGGACUGCAAUUAAUGUUGCUAACAGGACAUGCCUUCUCCUUUUGAUCAUAAUCUCCAUGGGAGGGGUCUUCGUGCUGGAGCAGCCGGCAUUGUCUUGGUUUGAAUGCUUCCCGCGCUUUCGGGCCAUUUGUGCCCUGGUGAAGAUAUGGCGUGCAAGCUGGUACAUGCUUCAUUACGGGGCUCCGACACCGAAAAGACAUUUUGCCUACAGCAACUCACGAUGCGUGCUGAAGUUAAGCCGGGGCAAAUUACGAGGAUGGCGCAAGAAUGUGUCUGCAAAGAGGCCCGUUCGACAUUACCAAGACAAGCAUGGCAAAAAACGUUAUGUGGGCACGAAAUUCCUGACGUCCACUGGGUGGGCUUCUGAGUUGCCUGCUUCACGAUUGUUAAAUCAGCCAGCAUCAUCACAGAAUUCCUUACAACUCAUGCUUCUACGGUGCUCCUAA